UAAAUGUCGAAGACAUAGUCAUGUGAAUACUUAUCACGUGGGCUGUCUCAUGGUAGUUACUCAGUCCAUCCGAUAAAAGUCGUAAUUUCCUACAGACAUUAGAAAAAUUCAACAACACAACCUUCAGAAUGUGUAAAUGUUCAACGAAAGCGUUUCUCCUUCUAUUCGGGACAAUAUUAUGGGCACUUGCCGCUGCUUUGAUCUGGGUAUCUGUCCAAAUAUUCGUUGAAUACAGGAAUAUAGAGGAGCUUGGGAAAGCUUUAUAUAUCCUUGUACCAACGGUUGUUCUCAUUUUAUGUGCAGUAUUGUUCUUCGUUGUCGGCCUCUUGGGUUGUAUUGGUAGUUGUAAGGAGCAUAAAUGUUUAUUGGGAACCUUCUGUGUCUGCAUAAUUAUAAUCGCUGUUGGUCUCAUUGUUUCGGCUUCAUUGUCGUAUCAUUAUCGUCACAAGGUUGAGAAAUCUGCUUCAAAAGUAUUGGAAAAAGGAUUGAAUCAUUAUAAAAACAACAGUAUUUGGAGAAAUGAAAUUGAUUUCAUUCAAGAAAAAUUCAAAUGCUGUGGUGUUAAUAACGCCACCGAUUGGAUUGAUACACCUUGGGGUCAUCACCAUCCGAUGGAACCUUAUCCAAAAUCUUGUUACAAAAAUGAAACAUCUGAAUUGUAUUUAAGGAAGGAUGGUUGCGUACCAAAGGUUAAAAAUUUUGUUGUUAAUCAUCUCGAUAUAAUUUUGGGAACAGCUUUCGGAUUUUUGGGUUUACUUAUUCUUGGCAUAAUAGCAUCUUGCGUUCUGCUUUGCUGGAGAAAGAAGAGAGAAGAAGUUCCUUAUGUUGGUUUAGCACCAGAUGGAAGUCAACGUGUUUAG